AUGCUUAAGGAAACCAAAGAUCUAUUUUUGACACUCCCAGAAGACGAAGAUUGGUUUCCCAGUUAUGUCAAGGAAAAAUUACAACAAAUGCUAAAGCCUACCGAGCCAGGCUUUAAUCUGAAUGAGUUUUACAAUUGCAUUGAUCAAGAUAAAAAUUUCGGUGUUUUCGUGUUGAAGAUGGCAGUAGAGAUUCUUUUCGAUCACUUACCUCUCUGGGAACGUAUAUCUGAAUAUGACACCACAACAAAACAAGAGCCUCUUGCUGCUGAAUCUACAGGUGAAGAAGAGGCUUCUGCUGUUGCUGAAACUGCAGAUGAGGAAGAUGCUCCUGCUGCUGAGACUGCAGAUGAGGAAGAUGCUCCUGCUUCUGAGACUGCAGAUGAGGAAGAUGCUCCUGCUGCUGAAACUGCAGAUGAGGAAGAUGCUCCUGCUGCUGAAUCGGUAUAUGAGGAAGAUGCUCCUGCUGCUGAAUCGGCAUAUGAGGAAGAGGCUCCUGCUGCUGCUGAUACUGCAGAUGAACCGGGCGUUUCUCAAAAUGAUGAAGCUGAGUACGUGGAAUAUGCUCCCACCAAUGAUGAAAGCCCCAAAAGUUUGCAGGUUGCCGAAGCACGGCCCAGUGAAGACGCAGCCGAAGCUCUCCAUAGUCAUAUGGUCAGGGCUAAAGCUGCAGACUUGAGGUUGUAUUUAAACUGGGGAGGCAUUUCUUCUAAAAAAAAAGGCCAAUAG